AUGCAGCUUGAGUGUUGCAUCUCACCAGCUCUCGCGCGCUCCGAGAAGUGUAUGAUUGUGGGCAGUGGAUACACAAACUCUGAAGGAUCUGAGCUCGCCUUGCAGGACUACCCGCUUAUAUCCAUCGGCGACAACCUGGAGAGAAGUUCACCUCUGAAAAAAAACUCCACUGGGAUGACGAAUCAGUCAGAGGCAGACGAUUUCGCCGACUCGAAGGACUCAUCAGGGGACGUCCAGCGAAGCAAACUCUCUUCUGAUCUUGACGGAGUCGCUGACAGUCGUCACAAUUUCGAUGGAUCUGCAGGAGAACGCUAUCUCCUGUCUCAGUCCAGUCAAGUUCAGCCGAGUCCCACCACCAUGUUUCCCUACCCGAGUCAGCAUGGACCGACGCACCCAGCCUUUUCCAUCGGGAGCCCGGGUCGCUACAUGGCACACCAUCCGGUGAUAACGAACGGAGCCUACAACAGUCUGUUGAGCAACACCUCUCCUCAAGGCUACCCGACCGCAGGCUACCCGUACGCGCAGCAGUACGGACACGCGUAUCAAGGGACGGCUUUCUACCAGUUUUCCUCGGCUCAGGCCGGGCUUGUGCCCGGUAAAGCGCAGGUCUACCUCUGCAACAGGGCCCUGUGGCUUAAAUUUCACAGACAUCAAACAGAGAUGAUUAUUACCAAGCAAGGACGGCGAAUGUUCCCGUUUUUGAGUUUCAAUAUAUCCGGUCUUGACCCGACGGCGCAUUACAAUAUUUUUGUGGACGUGAUUCUUGCGGAUCCGAAUCACUGGCGCUUUCAAGGAGGAAAAUGGGUCCCGUGUGGAAAAGCAGACACAAAUGUAACAGGUAACAGGGUUUACAUGCACCCCGAUUCGCCAAACACCGGUGCGCACUGGAUGCGCCAAGAAAUAUCCUUUGGAAAACUCAAACUUACCAACAACAAAGGAGCGUCUAACAACACAGGACAGAUGGUGGUCCUGCAGUCGCUGCAUAAAUACCAGCCUCGACUGCAUGUGGUGCAGGUGAACGAGGACGGAACCGAGGACACGGGCCAACCUGGCCGCGUGCAGACGUUCACUUUCCCGGAGACGCAGUUUAUCGCGGUCACUGCAUAUCAAAAUACUGACAUCACACAGCUAAAAAUCGACCACAAUCCAUUUGCAAAAGGAUUCCGCGACAAUUAUGACACUGUCUACACAGGUUGCGACAUUGAUCGGUUGACGCCGUCCCCGGGUGACUCGCCGCGCUCUCAGAUCAUGCCUAGCGCAAGAUAUGCCAUGGCUGGUUCUUUCCUUCAGGACCAAUUUGUCAGCUCGUAUGCCAAGUCCCGCUUUCACCCUGGCGUCGGAGGCGCUCCUGGCACGGACCGCAGCGUCCCACUUAGUAACAGCUUGCUCUCUCCGCAACAAGCCGAGGAGACCACGGUGGCCUCCCCGCAGCGAUGGUUUGUCACCCCUGCCAACAACCGACUGGACUUUGCCGCCUCGGCAUACGAUGCCGCCGCGGCUGCUGAUUUCGCCGGUAACGCGGCCACCCUUCUGUCGUACGCAGCUGCCGGAGUGAAAGCGCUGCCCCUGCCCGGGGCGGGAUGCUCCAACAGACCUCUGGGGUACUACGGCGAGCCGCCGGGGUGGGGCACUCGCACCCCGCCGCAAUAUUGCAGCAAGUCCAGCUCCGUCCUCUCCUGCUGGCCGUCCAAUGCCGUGGGGAGCACCAGAACGACGACCUCCAGUUACCUGGUACCUGGUCUCGAGGAUGGCGACCCUAUUGCUGCCGAAAGGUCACCGGAUGAAUCCAAACCGAAAGACCUGUCUGAAUCCAGCUGGAUAGAAACGCCGUCCUCAAUUAAGUCCAUCGACUCGAGCGAUUCUGGGAUUUUUGAGCAAGCCAAGCGGAGGAGGAUUUCGCCAUCUGCCACGCCGGUUUCAGAAACCUCGUCUCCGUUAAAAUCUGAAAUGUUAACGCCGAGGGAAUGCGAGAAAAACUGUUCCAAGGACAUCGGCUACUACAGCUUUUACCCCCACAGUUAG